CCCCACCCCCUCUUUUCCUCCUCUUCUUCGAUUCCCCACCAACCCACCCAUCUUUACACACUCACACCCUGACUGCGUGUGUCAUCACCUCAUCACGCCCUCCUCCAUCUCUCCUCCGCUAGAGAAAGAAAAGAAGAGAGAGAGAGAGAUGAAGAGGAGGUCCCCUUCAUAUUCUUGUUCUUCUUCCUCAUCAUCUUCCUGCAUUGGGUCACCACUCACACAAAAUCAAUCCAAGACUGCUAAAUCUCUCCAGCAGCAGCCCAAAAAACCAAAACGCGUUAGAGCUAAGAAGCGUGUGAGCGCUGCUCACGACUAUACCGCCACCUCUCCCAAAUCAAGAAGCUCCAUCUACAGAGGGGUCACAAGGCAUAGAUGGACCGGGAGGUUUGAGGCUCACCUGUGGGACAAGACUACAUGGAACAGCAUUCAGAACAAGAGAGGAAGACAAAUCUAUUUAGGGGCUUAUGACAAUGAGGAAGAUGCGGCAAGAACCUACGACUUAGCCGCCCUCAAGUACUGGGGGCCCACCACUAUACUCAAUUUUCCUGUGGGGUCGUACUCGAAAGAGCUUGAGGAUAUGCAGAAAUCCUCCAAGGAGGAGUAUUUAGCUUCGCUCCGGCGGCGGAGCAGCGGGUUUUCAAGAGGUGUUUCCAAGUAUCGCGGCGUUGCGAGGCAUCACCAUAACGGUCGAUGGGAGGCUCGAAUAGGUCGCGUUUCUGGAAACAAAUACCUUUAUUUGGGAACCUACAGCACCCAAGAGGAAGCAGCAGCAGCAUACGACAUAGCAGCCAUAGAAUUCAGGGGUCCGAAUGCUGUAACAAACUUCGAUAUCAGCAACUACGCCGAUAAGCUGAAGAAAAUCCUGCCGGAAUUGCAAGUAAAACAUGAAGAUCUCCAGGUUAAGGAGGAAACAAAUCGAGAGUCCAUAGACGACGUACAAGCAGAUGAAACACAUGAUGAUCAAGAAGAUGGAAGCCAACAGGUACAACCAAGCAUUCCAAAGUUAGAGUUGAUAGACCCUACUGAUCACUCCCAAGCCAUGAUGGUGAUGGACCCGACCGACCAGCAUGAGCACCCUUGGGACCUUUGUCUCGACACGGAUGGCUUCAAUGCGCUUCAUUUGCCUGACAUCCCUCUCGAGAGAGCGUCCGAGAUGCUAGGUUGGCUUGACGACAAAGGCUUUGAGGAUGAUAUUGAAUGUAUUUUUGAUGGGCCGUUGUACAAUAACGAGCUCCUGCAGGAUGCAAUGUCGGGGACAGCCUUGGACGUUUUGGUGGACCGGGAGUCCAAAGGGCAGGAGUUAUCGGGUUCGCCUUCUUCGUCAUCGUUGUCCACGAUGGCAUCAGUUUGUAGCAACAUCUAGUGUUCUUGUUGGAAGCUGAGGAAAGUAGUGUAGCAUGAAUGCUUCUGUACAAGUUCAACGUUUUUGGCUUGUUUAUGGUGCUGUCUUUUUCCCUUCCUUGAGAUUUGACUAUGAAAAGUUAGCCAUGUUUGUUGCUAGUAAUGUAGGAGUCCUUAGUGCUUUCAAAAGAAGAGAAAUCAGAGAGCUUGCUUUCUUCUA